UAGAAAAGAAGAAAAAUCUAGAACUUUCCGAAUAUUCUGGGCUGUGGACGAAUCGCAACCCUAAAAUUGGAACAGGACAUGCACACCCUAAAAUUGGAACAGGACAUGCACAAUACAUAUAAAUAACCCAUCUUUUACCUAAACAAGACAUUGUCAGGUGCUUUAUACAUUUUCUCAUCGCUACAGGUGCGCAGGAGGCUAAGGAAAACUUCAAAUCUUAUUUUUUACGCUUGCAAUCAUGCCGAGACGCAGUGGAGGAGGCGGAGGAAGGAUGGGGGGUGCUCGUCCAGCUCGAUCACCAGUUCGUAGCCCGCCACAGCCAGCUCCAGCUUCUCAUGCUCCACCCCCGGCUCCACUACAGUCUAGUGGUGGUGGGUCCAUGCUCAGUGGCAUUGGUUCUACCAUAGCACAAGGGUUGGCUUUUGGAACCGGAAGUGCUGUAGCACAUAGAGCUGUUGAUGGAAUCAUGGGUCCACGGACAGUUCAACAUGAGUUCGAGCCUGGUGAGGCACCUGCUGCAGCUGGUGCGCCUGCUGUUACAAACAUGAGUGGGCCAGAUUCUUGUGGAAAUCAGGCCAAAGCAUUCCAAGAUUGCCUGAACAAUUAUGGGAGUGACAUUUCAAAGUGUCAGUUCUAUGUAGACAUGCUCAAUGAAUGCCGUAAAGGCCCUGUAUCAGCUCAAUUCUAAAUGCGUGGUUAGUUUUCAUGGUGGCUACGAGAAUUUUUAAAUGCUAUGGGACUGAAUCUAGUGGCAUUGGACAUGAAUCUUUAACUUCAAAACAUCUCAAAACUCAUAAAUUUAGUAGCAGCAUUGGAAAUGCAUCUUAUUUAAACUUCAAUAUAUUUGAUCUACUGACGAGGCUUCUCAGUUUCAAGUGCAUUUGGCCUUAAAGAGAGCUAUAAAUUCAAUAAACAAUUUGGAUGAUUACUUGAUUUUAAUCUUCCAAAGUUAUAUUCAAUUAUUUAAAUGCUAUAGGAAUCUAAUAGCAUUGAACCUGCA